AUGGGCAUGGAGCUGGAGCAGGACGACACUGGGUGUGUGCAAGCGAAGGUGCCUCACUGGGAGGAACGCAACGCGAAGGACGAGCUGAUGGCUCCCACGGUCGGCGCCGGCUACUACACGGCACUGACGCUGGCGGUGUUUGCGGACCUCGGCUACUGCAGCGUGAAUUGGGGCAUGGCGGAGCCGAUGCGCUGCGGCAACAACUCCGGCUGCGGCUUCCUGGAGAAGAAGUGCAGCAACACCGAGGGCCUCGCCACCAGGUAUCCGCACAUGUUCUGCGACGACACCGACACGACGACGCUUCGCUGCUCCUCUGACCGCCGCCACCUCGGGAGGUGCACCGCAAGCAUCGUUGAGCAGAGUGGGAGUCUGAGAGGGAGGGACGUGUGCCCUGCUGUUUCAACGCGGUUUCAAGAUUCAACUUCUGGGACAACGUCCAACGCGUGCGCGGAGGCAAGUGCGGCGACUUUCCCUGGUUCGCUGACUGGCACUGGCUCGUGGUGCCUGGACGCGGAAGAGCUGAAGGUGAAGACGAACACCGGUGCAAAACUCGCGGGCGUGUGCGCGCAGGUGCUGUGCGAGGGCGGUGCAGUGAAGGUGAAGUACAGCGGCGGCAGUGCGUAUGAGGAGUGCCCCGAGGAAAAUAAAAUCGAGGUGAAUUCAGAUGAGUUCGAGGCGGGCGGCAAGAUCAAGUGCCCGAGGUACGCUGAGGUGUGCACCCUCGCCGCCAACGGCAGCAGCCUCGUCAUUCCGCACGCCGUGUUGGAGGAGGCGGGGGAGGCCCGAGGGGGAUGA